AUGGUCUUCUACCCUGACAAUGGCAACCGCGCCGCCCGCGUCAAGGACCUCGCCAACAACAUCGCCUACUUCCAGACCUCCAUCAAAGAGUCGCACGACCGCAUGAAAACCAGCGACGCCCGCACCCUCACCCGCCUCGAGAAGUACGCCCACGACAAGGGCUACCCGUCAAUCAAAGACUACAACGAGGCCGCCGAAAAGCUGCUGACGAAGGAGCAACGCGACAAGCUAACCUCGAUCUCGGCGAAGCUCAUCUCCGCGAGUGUGCCGAAAGAUACGGUGGAGAGGAUCAACCGCUCGGUGCUGAUCAUUACGGGGUCGGUCGGAUUCGGUAUGUUCAUCAAGUUUCUCAUCAAGAGGUACUUUAUCAACGCGUACAAGUUUCUUGCGGAGGGCAUCUCCAUGCUUGUUGAGGGCGCAGUCAAUGCCGGCAUGAGAUUGAUUUCUGCCGCAGUUGCAACCAUCCGCGGAGUGGCAGCCGCGGCCGAGGUCGGCGUGGAAGCUGGGACCGAGGCCGCCGUAGCAGGCACCGAAACGGCAGUCGAAGCCGGUGCGGCAGCGGUCGAGGCUGCCACUGCCGCCGCGGACGGCGUUGAGGUUGCGGCCGUGGAGGGUGGGUUAUCCCUGUUCAAGAUUGGAACGUUGGCGACGCUGGCCCUCACCGCUCUCAUUGAGAUUGGGAUGCUGAUCUAUGAGGGCGUGAAGGGGCAUGAGCAUAUGGUGGAGCUCCAAAAAUACAUCAACGACCUUGUCCCCCGCCGUUUCGCGACCAAGAAGAUCCAGAUGCUCGUCAACGCUGCAGUGGCCUGCACGGACGACCUCAACAGCAUAAUCAACCUCGAGACGACCCUGCAGCCCCUCGUGGACAGCAAAGCCAUGGCCAAAGAGAUCAAGGACGCAACCAUGAAGACGAAGAUGGACGAGCUUGACGCGCGCUUCCUCAAGGAACACGAUGCCGUCACUGAAGCGGUCAUUUUAGACAACCUCAAAUUGCAGGAUAAGGAUGGUGGGUCGUGGACGAAGGAGGACCCUAAAAUUGAUGCGAUAAGGCAGUGGCUCAAGAAGAACCCUUGUUUUGAUCCGCCUUCGCCAAAGCCCGAGGAUAUGAAGAAGCAGGAGUAA